GUACUACAAAACUUUCUAGAUAAGUAGCAGCCCGAUUCAAAUGAGGCGCAGACACCCGGAAGCAGUCGAGAUGAAUGCAACUCAGAAGAGUAGCAAUCCUUUUUGCCUUUUUUACGGCUUAUUGGCAAUCCUUUUGUGCAAUGACGUCGUUGGCGUCGAGUACUUCACUGAAAAGCCAUCGUUUUUGCCCUCAUGUCGCAUUAAGGAUCCCGAAUUUACAAAAUGCUCGACAAACAGCAUUCAGAAAUUAAUUGAUCAGAUGAACAUCGGUAUACCAGAGUUGCUAAAGACAUUUGGUUCUUUGGAUCCUAUGCGGAUCAGGGACAUUAUCUUCAAACAGGAUAACAAUAAUGUAGCCACACUUAAUUGUAAUCUAACCGAUGUACAUAUCAAAGGCUACUCGAAAAUGAAGAUUAAGGAAGCACGUGUGAGCAAAAAGGACUUCAGCUGGCAAACGAAGAUCUUUUUGCCUAAAACACGAAUGGAAUCCAAAUAUAAAAUGGAAGGUCGUAUUCUAGUGAUACCGCUGAGUGGAUCAGGCAACAUGGUCAUGGAAGUCGAAAAUCUUAAUGUUAUAAUGCUAGCCAAAACGCAUCUCUAUGAGAAGGGUGGCUUCACUUUCUACAACAUUACUUCUAUAAAAACUAAACUGAAUAUGACACGUAUUUACACUAACAUGGACAAUCUUUUCAAUGGUCGCGACAAGGAAAUUGAGCGUAGUACGAACGAGUUCUUCAAUGAAAAUUGGCGUGAAGUCUAUGAAGCAUUCCGCCCACUGAUUACUGAAACUGUAGAGACCGUACUAAUGGAACUUUUAUCCUCUGUAUUUAGUCUUAUACCCGCCAACUAUUUUAUUGAGGAUAUUCCUACACCCAAGCAAUUAUACGGAGAUAAGGGUAAUGAGUAAAAGAAAUAAAUUGCAAUUAUCUGAGGUACAUUUUCUAAAUAUUUUAAAUCUUACUAAUUUGCCAUUAAAAUUGUUUAAGUACUUUCAGCAGAAUAAGAUGC